AUGGCAUGGGUGAAAUUCUUAAGAAAACCUGGGGGUAACCUUGGAAAAGUUUAUCAGCCUGGAAGUAUACUGUCCUUGGCCCCAACAAAAGGCUUAUUAAAUGAACCAGGACAAAACAGCUGCUUCCUUAAUAGUGCUGUUCAGGUAUUAUGGCAACUUGACAUAUUUCGACGAAGUUUAAGAGGUUUAACUGGACAUGUGUGUCAGGGAGAUGCGUGCAUAUUUUGUGCUUUAAAGGCAAUAUUUUCACAAUUCCAACACAGUCGAGAAAAAGCACUCCCGUCAGAUAAUAUGAGACAUGCCCUGGCAGAAAGUUUUAAGGACGAACAGCGUUUCCAGCUUGGAUUCAUGGAUGAUGCAGCAGAAUGCUUUGAAAAUAUCCUUGAGAGGAUUCAUUUUCACUUAGUGCCAAACAGUGAAACAGAUAUGUGCACUUCAAAAUCCUGUAUUUCUCAUCAGAAGUUUGCUAUGACGCUGUAUGAACAGUGUGUGUGUCGCAGUUGUGGAGCAUCAUCAGACCCAUUGCCUUUUACGGAAUUUGUGCGUUAUAUUUCUACCACAGCCCUGUGUAAUGAAGUAGAAAGAAUGAUGGAGAGGCAUGAACGACUUAAGCCGGAAAUGUUUGCAGAAUUGCUGCAGGCAGCAAAUACUGCUGAUGACUACAGAAAGUGUCCUAGUAACUGUGGUCAAAAAAUAAAAAUUCGUCGUGUUCUUAUGAAUUGUCCAGAGAUUGUCACAAUUGGUUUAGUCUGGGAUUCAGAACACUCUGACCUGACGGAAGAGGUUAUGCGGAAUCUGGCAACACAACUUUAUCUUCCUGGGCUGUUUUAUAGGGUUACAGAUGAAAAUGCCAAAAAUAGUGAACUUUUUCUUGUGGGAAUGAUUUGCUACACAAGCCGACAUUACUGUGCCUUUGCCUUUCACACCAAGAGUUGCAAAUGGGUGCUGUUUGAUGAUGCUAAUGUAAAAGAGAUUGGAACAAAAUGGAAAGAUGUGGUCUCCAGGUGCAUUCGAUGUCACUUUCAGCCAUUGUUGCUAUUUUAUGCCAACCCAGAUGGCACAGCUGUUUCUCCAGAAGAUGCUCCGAAGCAGAUUAUUCACUGGUCUCAAUGCAAAGCAGCAGCAGGAGGAAAUGGGGAAGACUUAGGAUUUGAAAGGCAUUCUGCUCCUAAAUCAGACCAUACGAAAGAGAAUGGAAUUGGAGACCCCACUAAUCAAAGGAGUAAUAAAAAACUUCAGCCAGAUAAUUCAGCAUUCAGUAGAAGCCAUGUUCAGGCUAGUGGUGGUAGAGGUCCAGCUAAGUUAGGUUUCAGCGAUCAAAAGGACAGGCUAAAGGACAUAUCCAGAGAGUGUGCUCAAAAAGCUGCUGAUAUGAAAAACUUCUCAUCUUUACGAAAAGAUGCAGACAGAGGACCAAGAAAAGAGUCUGGGAGACAAAGAGAUUUGAUUGGGGAAGAUCGUUCCAAUGUGAAGUCGGGGUCUCCUCCAGUUGGAAAUGGAUUUAGACACUGUGCUGAUCAGCGCAUAUACAGCAGCCAGGGAAGAGGCUCCUAUAAGCAUGACAGUGCACCUCACCAAGCAAAGCUUUCUGUACAGGUGCUUGGAUCAAAUAAACCAGAAGCUUUUCCUGCUGGGGAGAAACCAAUGAUCAGGACCCGGACAGAUGGUAUCGCUGGUUACGAUACAGACACCAGUCAAGACUCUAGGGACAAAGGAAGCAUCAGCGGCAGCAGGAGCAGAAGUAAAGGUUGGAAACCUAUGCGAGAGACACUAAAUGUAGACAGCAUUUUCAGUGAGACUGAGAAGAAACAGCAUAGCCCAAAGCACAAGGCAAACCUGAACAGUAAAUCUAAGCAUGAAAAGGAGCGAAGCUUUAACCAUUGGCCAAAAGAGAACCAAAUCCAGAAAGGUUUAAUGACUAUAUACGAAGAUGAAACCAAACAGGAUACGGGAAGUCGAAGUUCACUGGAUUCGGAGGGAAAAGGGAACGCUGAAAAAAGCAAAGGAUUUACAGAGAGAAAAAUCCAUGGUGAUAACUGGCAAAUUCAGAGGACAGAAUCUGGAUAUGAAAGCAGUGAUCAUAUCAGCAAUGGAUCUGCAAAUCCGGACUCGCCUGUUAUUGAAGGAAGCAAUCCAGCAGAUGUCAAGAACGUUAAAGAAAGUGCUUCCUGCAGCGAACAGAACUUUUCAACCAAAAAAGCUGACACUGUCUUACCUUCAGUAUCUCAGCAGAACAGAAACUUUUAUG